AUGACCCUUCCUGAAAUGGACAAUUCUGGCAUUGGCCAGCUACAGGUCCCAGGAUUCGGGGAUAUAUCCUUUGAUUAUGAAUUGGAGACCAGUCAAAGGUUUGCUCAUGGUGCCCUGCCAAACGACCCAGCGACAGGUCUCCUGGGUCGAGCUACCCGUUUGACUAUUACCGAACUGUUCAUCCUUCGUAUGAUGGAAAGAGUGUCGGAGAUACCAAACUGGGAACAUGAUGUGUUUGACGACAAAGCCGUUGCUCAGUGGUAUGCAGAUGCGAUAUCUGAGUCGAGAUCAACAGACCAAUUGAACCCAGAAGCUGACUCUGGUAUGGAUGUCGACAUGGAUAUUUUGUCACAGAUGACAUGGGACUGGUGCAUUGCAGAGCUGCAGGACAAGGCAAAAGAUCUUCGAAAACAGAAGUUCGUCCUUACUCUAAAUGCCGAUUCGGGUGUCUGCAAAUCAGAUGAACUGGCUGGAGAACUACUGCAAAUUGAACUCAAAAAUUCGCUGGAAGAAUAUCUUCCCUGCAACUCACGAGGGAAAUUCCGAGAGGAAGAUUCGAGUCCGAUGCAUGAUCUGGUUGAUCCCUCGUUGUUCAUGCUGGUCUACGGCCGGACUGCCGUGCUCAGUCAAGGAGGUCUUGUACCCAUGGCUGAUAGCGGUCUAGCAUAUCCGACUAUUGCAUCAAAGGCCAUUGUUGCACCAAUACUAGAGCACCCACUCGAUAUAUUCACAGCGAAGUACGGGAGAGGUUCUCGGCCAUAUGAUGCAGACACCUAUCCUUUCUACCGUUGGUCCAACCAGUCUCAGUGGCUUCCAUGUGAAGUGGAAUUUACCAGCCAGGAAGCUUCCAGCACAGAAGUUCGCAUAUCAUCAUAUAUCAACAACCUUCACCCCCAAAACAAGCGAGCUUAUAUGGCAAUUGAAAAACUGAUUUCCUUGAGCUUGGACCCUUGGAACAAAGUUCUGAUCAAAGGAACAACCAGUCGUUAUCCACUACGCAUCAAGACUUAUGGGGUCGACCAGAGUGAUACCAACGCUCAGUUUAGACCCGAGAAACCCAGAUGUACUGUCGGUAUUUGCGCGUCUGGUUGCGACUGUAAAAAAGAGAGAUGGGGCUCUUAUAUUGCGAAGGUGAAAAAGUACCUCGCAUUGCCGGAACCUGGUUUAAAGUAUGAAAUGUGGGAUGAUGACCCAGAAGACUCAAGAGGGCCUGAUGAUCUCCUCGCUGCAAUGACCCCCGACAUGUUGACGGGCUCGGCAAUGGAUGAGCUGCGUGAACUGAUGGAGUUGAAGUAUGGAAGACUCAAUACGUUCAACUACCCACAAGCCGGGAUCUCCUAUUCUUACGAAGAAUGGAAAAUUGGCAAAACGUGGAAGCCGAUCAUUGAAAAGAAGAGAAGCCACGCCGAGGUCCCUGUUCCUGAUGCCAGUUUGUCGGGUGACCACCCAUACCAGAAUAUUUGCCUGCAAGAUGAGUUUCGGGCGGAAGGGCUGCAAGUCAUCGUUCGCGUAUCCAGCAUCGAACUUACCCCGGAAAGCCCAUUCUACCCCGGUGACAGCGACUUCCACGUUGAUGGCCUCCUCAAUGAACAUAUUGUGGCCACAUCGCGAUACUACUACGAUGUUCAGAAUGUCGAGUCGCGGAUAUCCUUUCAACAAGAGAAUGACCUGGAUGAAUGGGACUAUCCACCUGAGCCUGAUGUGAUGCACAAAAUCUUCGGCAUUCCAUAUACUAUUGGUUACUAUAGUUUCCACAGUCUCCCACUUCCCCUGAAGAUUCAAAACUUAGGCUCCUUGGGGGUAAAGCAGGGUCGAUUCUUGGCUUGGCCGAAUACUCUACGGUACAAAAUGCAGCCAUUCUCCUUGAAAGACAAAUCUUGUUCAGGCCACCAACGCUGUGUUAUUAUCUACUUGGUUGAUCCUCACUACCGCAUCUGUUCAACGCGGAAUGUACCCGCACAGCAACAUGACUGGUGGCGUGAGGCUGCUUUAACCACCGAGACCACCAUUACAGCUAAACUACCCAAUGAACUUGUUGAUCUUAUCAUAAGUGAAACAGAUGACUGGCCCAUGGGUAUCUCUGAGGCAACGAAGCACAAACAGGAAUCCGAAAAGGAACGCAGUCUUGCCAUGAAAGCUCAGACUAAAGGGAUUGACGCCCUCAAUUUCGAAGGCCCGGUCAUCCACGGGUAA